CCAGUCGGCCACCGUGCCGCCGGAAUUCCUAAUACAUUUAAUCAAAUGUAAACUGUAAAUUGAAUUAAUUUCCCAAUGUCAUUUUUAAAAUGUUAUCAGCAUUAUUCGUAAGCAUUGAUAGAAUAUCCCGAAUUUGUAGAACUUGUAUUCUAAUAAACAAGAUGUAGCCACAAUGUUGCUGUACUAGUAGUGUAUACAACACUUGACAUUGACUCAUUUAGAAGCCCAUAACGUAAUAAGCUAACAGCCCAUAACUUCAUAACAGCCCAGAAUGCAAUAUAUUUGCCCUUUCCGUAAUGUAAUAGGCACAUAACGUAAUAACUGACCAAUAACGUAAUACAAGUCCUGAACCUAUAGCGUAAUAACUUGUGCCCAGUAACGUAAUAACUUCUUGUUAUUGGCUCGUUAUUACGUUAAUGGCCUGGUAAAAAAACAAAAAUAAAAUAAAUAUAUAUUUUUUUGCAAAUUUAAUAACUAAGCCCAUAACGUAAAAUUUAAUUACGUUAUGGGCCUAUUACAUUUUAAAAGGGGCAAAUAUAUUACGUUAUGGGCCGUCAUUACGCUAUGGGUUGCUAUUACAUUCCCAUAAUGUAAUAACAGCCCAUAGCAUAAUAACUGGCCAAUAAAAUAAUAGGUCUUGAACCUGUAACAUCCACUACUUUUGGAGAUAGUUUAAAUGGCAAAGGAGCAGCAUACAUACAGUAACUAGAGCUCAUGAUUACCAUCAAGUUAAAUAGCAAAGCAAAGCAAAUUUAGUUAUAUAGCACAUUUCAUACACAAGGUAACUCAAUGUGCUUUGCAUGAUAAAAAGCAUUUAAAAACAAAGAAAAACAGCUUAUAAACAUAUAAAACAAAGAGGAAAAAAAUAAAAUGUGUACAGUGCAACAAAUAUCAUUUAAAAGUGGAAAUGCUAUAAAAAGCACGAGAAAAAGCGUUUAUAACCUGAACUUGGGGCUGUCGUCACUUCUGUUGGCAAGUUAUUCCAUUUGUGUGCAGCGUAAUAGCUAAAUGCUGCUUCACCAUGCUUGCUUUUGACUCUGUGCUCCAUCAUUUUACCAGAGUCUGUCAAUCUCAGAGCCCUACUGGGUUUAUAUUCCAUUAGCAUUUAUUUCAUGUAUUCAGGGCCUAAACCAUUUAGUGAUUUAUAGACCAGUAGCAGAGCUUUAAAAUCUAUUCUAAAGCUGACUGGGAGCCAGUCUAAAGACUUUAGAAUUGAAGUAAUAUGUGCUGAGCUCUGCUGCAGCAUUCUGAAUGAGCCGCAGCUGUUUAAUGCUCUUUUUGGGGAGUCCAGUCAGAAGACCAUUACAAUAGUCAAGUCUACUUGUGAUAAAAGCACUGAUGAGCUUCUCCUGAUCUGCUUGGCACAUGCAAGCCUUCACUCUGGAUAUGUUCUUCAGAUGGUAGAAGGCACUUUUAGUUAUUGAUUUGAUAUGACUGUUGAAAGUCAUGUCGGAAUCUAUCAGUACACAAACGUUUCGGACUUGGUCUUUGGUUUUUAAAGAGAGUGACUCCAGGUAUUUACUAACAGCAAUUGUCUUUUCUCUAUUGCCAAAAACAAUUAUCUCAGUUUUGAAUAUGUUGGCUCAUCCAGUUGUUAAUCGGUUUUAGACAGUGACACAACACCUCAAUUGAACUAUAAUCAUCUGGAGACACUGCUCGAUAUAACUGUGUAUCAUCUGCAUAGCUAUGAUAGUCAAAAUUAAAGUUCGUAAGAAUUUGACCCAAGGGUAGCAUAGACAAAUACAUGGAGAGGGAGAGCGAGAGAGACAGGCAGAGAAUGAGAGAGUAUGCAUUUUCACAGUUACAUCCAAAAAUAAAAAGUUAAAUACAUUGAUAUUAGUAUAUUACUACGUUAUGGGCUCAGUGAUUACAUGUUUAUAUUUUUUUUAUUAUUAUUUUUUUUUUUACCAGGCCAAUAACGUAUUAAUCAGCCAAUAACAUAAUAAGCGGCUACAUUAUUGGCUAAAAGUUACAUUACAGGUUUUUUUUUUAAAUCAGAUUUUACCUUUUUAUUUCAAGAAGAAGAAGAAUCACCUUUAUUGUCAUGACCAUGCAUGCAUGGACACGAAAUUUGUUCUCUGCAUUUUACCCAUCACAGUGAACACACACACACUUGUUAGUGGAACGCACUGGAGCAGGGGGCAUCUAUCACUAUCACAAGGAUUGAUAUUUGGGAUGAAUGUGGUAAUCGAUUAAUUGAUCAUUCUGUCGUGUGCGUAAAAUAGAUUGUUGAUUAGUUGUGUCUUGAAGCAUUUCAGGCAAAAUCAAGAUGGCACAACUUCUGUAAGUUGUGGUCUAAAGAAGACCAUCAUGACACCAACUGACACUAUAUCUAUGCUACAUCUACAGCAAGUCCUCAGGGCAGCAUUACCUAUUCAUUAAUUGUUACUUUCCUUCGUAGUUGAUCAAUGAAAAGAGUCAAAUGUCUAUCCAUAGUUGUCAUAACAUCCCAUCACUGUUUUUAAAAACUAAAACACUCAAAUGAAUAGGACAGCAAAAAUCUUUUUUGCAGUCUGACCUAGACUUUGGACUAAAUUAAUAUUUUUGAGGAAUAUGUAAUGUCAAAGAAUACUUGGUAUCUUUGAUAAAAUUCUGGUCUAACACGUAAUACUUAAUUUUUAUUUACUUGCUCUUAUUUUAAAAUUCAUAGCCCUACUUUUGUUUAGUAAAUGAGAAAACCCACAGUUGUGGUCAUAUAUUUGAUUACCCAGGCAAUGAAAAUGUGCAGUUUUUUCAUAACCUCGAGAUGGUGGCAUACAUUUAUAAAAUGUGAAAGUCUUUUUAAUAUUCCCCUAUGUAUAAUGCGCACUAUUGACUUUUUACAAUUUUUUUGGGGGUGGGAAAUGUGCAUUACACAGUAGAAAUUACGAUAAUUUUUAAUAGUAUGUACAUAUAUAGGCGGCACGGUGGACAACUGGUUAGCACAUCUGCGUCACAGUUCUGAGGACCCGGGUUCAAAUCCGGCCAAUGGAGUUUGCAUGUGCUAACGUGCCUGCAUGGGUUUUCUCCGGGUACUCCGGUUUCUUCCCACAUCCCCAAAACAUGCAUGAUAGGUUAAUUGAAAUUGUACGUAGGUGUGAAUGCAAGUGUGAAUGGUUGUUUGUUUAUAUGUGCCCUGCGAUUGGCUGACGACCAGUUCAGGGUGUACCCCGCCUCUCAUCCGAAGAUAGCUGGGAUAGGCUCCAGCAUGCCCGCGACCCUAGUGAGUAUGAGCGGUACGGAAAACGGAUGGAUGGAUGUAUAUGUAUAUGUGUAUGUAUAUAGUUUCAUCUCUGGAAUCUCGUGGAGAAAUACCCAUAAAUGUAAUAUAAAAUUAAAUGUAAAAUGCAUGUUUUAGCAUGGUUGGCAAAUACAAAUAAUAAUUUGGUAAUUGAGUGAUUAUUAUGUGUUCCAUGAAUAUCCACUAAUGACCUGCUUCUUUAUUGAGCCAUUUCCAUUCUUUCAUUUAUGGUCUCAGCAAUUUAAAUGGCACAAAUGUACAAUUAUCUAAAAGAUGGAGCUCUCAGUCCACAUCUUAGUGGCACCUGUGUUUUUUUCAGCAACACUUAAUGGUGAUGGCUGGAGUUUUUUUCAUCUUCUUUUCAACAUGACUGUAGUCAUUUAGUACAUGUAAUUAGCAAUUAUGGUGAAAACUAACAUGUGUGAUAAUAAGUUGCACUUUAAAGGGGAGUUUGCAAUUAAAAAUAACUUUUUGUCAUAUUUGUUGAAACAGGAAUUUUGUCGUAGUAGUAGUAGCAGGCACACCCCUUGGCCUUGUGCUUACCUGUUACCCCAGAAGAUCACCUUAUUAGUGAUGGAAAGUUACUAUAACCCUAAAUAUUAUCGAUUUGAAGUUUAAUUUUUUGCGAGACAGCGGGCGUAUGCCCGCAAUGAGUGUGCCUGCGGGUGCGCAACAAAUGAUUGAGACCUCAUUAGUCAAGCCUUCCAUCUACACGGUCAUGUUUCGUCAGUUGUGGUGGUUUCUUAUACUGUAUAUCAAAUUAGAGGUACAAGAUGGGGCCAGAGACUGCUGAUUUUUUUUACAGAUCAUAUUUACUAGGCUUUACAGCUCAGGAUUUUUGGGGCCGAUCACCGAUCAGCGAAUUUAGAAAACCAAUAACCGAUCACCACUCCGAUCACAAGAUGGCGCAAUGUGUCUAUUUAAAUUACUUGUUCAUUUUCUGUAUAUACUGCUCAUAUAUAUAUGAUAUAUACAGAUAUAGGUAUACAGGUAUAUACAUUCAGGUCAAACAAACAUUACAACAUGACAGAAAUAAUGGGUGCUAACUUACUGUAAUUGAAUUACUUUAUUGUAAUUAAAUUACUUCACACACACUGAAACUUUAGAGCAUGAGUCGACAUAACGCUGGCAUGUUUAUGUACAACCGUUAGUGCUAGCACUAGCUUGCUAGGCUACAGAACGUUUUGUUGCCUGCUUGCGAGCCAUAUCGUAUUAAAAGUACGUGAACAUACCUCAAGCAAGCCUUAAAUUAGUCCUUUUCCGAGCACCGGUGAUCAACACAACACGUUUUCCCCCAUUUUGUUCUUAUAAUACACACGUUGCGAUGUCAUCGCCAUCUUAACAAGUGUAAGUCCAGUGAUCACAAAAGACGGGAUGCGAAGAUUUUAUUGCAGUAGUCUGACAUAGUGCAAUCGUGAAAGACCAAAUUUGUCUUAUAGUCUGAUCUAGGCCUUACGUGCUGUCCCACACCGCCAUGUUUUUUUUUUUUUAAAUGACUUUAUUGGCUGUCAGUUAUUUACAGUACUAUGUCAAAAGACACGAGAGAAGGCUAGAAAUAAACUAGCUUUUGGAUUCAGAUAUACUGUGCACGCGACGCAGAGUAAAUGUAUUUUGUGGAGCCGAUCAAUGACGUCAUUGAUCAGAUCGGCGAAUUAUGACAUCAAAGCCAAUCAGCAUAAAAUGGUAAUUUUACGAUACCGAUAAGGCCAAUAAAAUCGGUGUAAAGUCUAGUAACCAACAUUUAUUAAAAAAAAAAAAAAGAAAAAAGGGAGUUGUCUCUCUGUUAAAGAGAAGACAAGAUCUGUAAAAACGAUAAAAAAUAAGAGCCAUUGCAAUAACAUUGGCCAUCGCAAAUACAACCAUUUGAACUGCCCUGAAGAAAAAUGAAGCCACUAGUGUAGUAAUAGACAUCGAACAGGUACACCAAGCAAAAUAACAGUCGAUUAUGACAGAAACAUUUUAAGAGCCAUACACAAAGACUCUUAAACAACUAUUAGGUAUAUCAGCAACAACCUCCAGAGGGCAGGAGUGAAGGUUAAGUACAAAAGUAAGUAAGUAAAAAUAAACUGGCAUUUGGAUUCAAAUAUACUGUACUCGAUGGCGACGCGAGUAAAUGUCUUUUGCGGAACCGAGGGAUGACGUCAUUGAUCGGAUCUGCAAAUUAUGACAAAGCCAAUCAGCCAAACAGCAUAAAAUGCUAAUUAUAAGGCGAUACCAAUCAAGCCGAUCAGAUCGGUGGAAAGUCAAAUAUUUACAGUAUCAUGUACUACUGUCAAGUAGUGCUAUGAAAUAAUCAGUGGUGAUUUGGAUUGAGUUGCGAAUACCAAUAAAACAACGAAUCCUGAAUUUGAAUUUUUGCAUUCAAAAUGAUUCAAAGAAUAAAAUACUUCUACUUUAUUCAAUGUCAUUCAAUUCAUCGCUUCUGCGCAUAUAUCCAUUGUCGCUUCACCAAGUUCUCCAUAAAGUUUGUUAAAGUCAUUCAUUACUGUCAAUACAAAUAGCUAUUGGGGUUUUAGAGGGCGAGUCCAACCACUGCUAAGUCAUAAUCAGGGUUGGGCAUCGAGAAUCGGGAACUGAUUGGAACCGGGACUAACUUUCCGGUUCUCCCGCAACCGUUCAAAUUUAAAAAUUUCGGUUCCCCGUUUCGAUGCCUAGUCCUCCAGCCGCGAAGAAGAAGUGGCGAAAAGCAACGAAGAAGCGGCGUGAACCAACAAAGAAGAACGGGCACGAUGAUGUGCUUGUGCCCAACGGCAGCGGCGGCGAACAAACGUGUGUCUUAACUUUGUUAAAAUUAAUGACCAGUCACCUCAGUGCAACACUUGGAAUAAGAUUAUAUUAUGCAAAGGAGUUUUUCCCGAUGUGUAGCAUCUGACAUGCUCCGAGCCUCAGCCUACACCGCGUGGAGCUUCAGUGACGUCAACUCUCAAUAAAUUGGGUGAGUGAAGCAAUAAAAUAAGUCUAUGCCACCUAACAAGUUAACGGUUGCUUGCACUUUUGCACUGAUGGUUUUUAGGGUUUAUUUUAGUCUUCAAACCAACGUAAGCGCCGAUGGCAAAAAAAAAGAAGAAAAAAAAGGCUUACCAUUGGGCUAAAACCUCACCGUAGCAACUUUACAUCACAAUGAAUUGGGACAAAAUUCACUUAAAAGUUGUCUCACAGUAUCACAAAUACAAACCUUGUGCCUCAUCGGUGGGUAGGGAAAGGAAUCAGCAUUUUAUAGCAUUUGGUUCCAUCCAUUUAAAAAAAUAAAUAAAAAUAAUUAAUCAAAAACAAUCACCGGUGCCGUGUGAAGUUACUUUUCAUGCCAAAAUGCUGAGUUCCGGUGCGUACCCUUCAAAAUAAAAGGCUACAAGCUUAAAACAUGAAGUCAAGUUAAAACACAUAUAAACCAUUUGACGUGAUGAAACAGAAUACAGGGGCAUCUAUAAAGCUUUUAACAAUGCUAUCAGUGAAGUCAACUCUCAGUCAACUGGAUGAGUGAAACAAUAAAAUAAAAUAGUUAAAACAGUUCAAAUAACAAUUUUAACAAUUUAUAUUGAUUAUAUUAUGUAUAAUAUUGAUUCAAAUAUUAAACUUUUAGCUGAAACAUUAAUUAAUGAAUAUUAAGUCAAUUGGGUUAGUUCCCCACACAUUACCUUCUAGUUCAUAGGUUUGAUAUUGAUACUGGUUAUAAAGAACCUCAAGUCAAAUGUUCAUUUUAGUCUAUGCUGCGGGCUGCUAAGAAAAUGGAUGUUCCUAAUUUGGACACCCUUUAUUUAAACCAUGCAAUCUUUUUUGACCCAGUGCCCUAAAAGAAUCGGAACCGAGAGUCGUUUGGAACCGAAAUCGAACUAAGGAACCGGAAUUGGAACCGGAAUCGCUCAAAUUCAAACGAUGCCCAACCCUAGUCAUAAUGACUGUUUUAACAAACAUGACAAAAAGUGUGGGGGGAUUGCAAACUCCCCUGUAAUACUGAGUUAAUCCUUCUAUUAAAUGACAUAUAUGUCAUUCAUUUUCUGUUUUGACAAAACUAUUGAAAUUGAACAUGCCUAACUACUAUCAAGACGUGUUCGUGAAAAACUGCAUAAUUCAACAAUAAUCCACCCAUCACUGUGUUUUAAAGUACUAAUUGGAAACCUUUGUCUGAUCAUAAAACUAGACUGUACUAGAUGUUCUGCUUUGUACGUCUCUAUCAACUAUGUACAGUACUUGAUGUACCUCUUUACCUUCAACAGGACCAUGGCAAUGAUGUUACCUUUUUCAAACUUCACUGUUUUCUCUAAUUAGGUCAACACAUCCAUGUGUCAGCUGUGUCUCUGUUUAACCAUAGUGAUGCAAGUUAAUAUUAAUCUCUUUUUUCCCUCCUCCCAUCCUUUUCACUCUCUCUUCCAAUGCUUAAAAUAGAAGUGGAGCAAAAAGUAUUUCUUUGUCCUGGGACUCUGAAAGCUGUUGGGGAACCAUCCUUUCAGUUUGAAGCGGAGCAACAAGCUGGUGCCUGGUGCAAAGAUCCACUGCAAGCUGCGGACAAGAUCUACUUCAUGCCUUGGACUCCUUAUAGGACAGACACUCUAAUUGAAUAUUCCUCCCUGGAUGACUUCCAAAAUGCCCGGCAAACAAUUACCUACAAGCUUCCCCACCGGGUGGACGGGACUGGAUUUGUGGUCUAUGAUGGUGCUGUGUUUUUCAACAAAGAGCGCACCCGCAACAUAGUCAAGUUUGACCUGCGAACUCGAAUCAAAAGCGGGGAGGCGAUCAUCAACAAUGCUAAUUACCAUGACACGUCACCCUAUAAGUGGGGUGGUAAAACAGACAUUGACCUGGCCGUAGAUGAGAACGGCCUGUGGGUAAUCUACGCAACAGAGCAGAACAACGGCAUGAUAGUGAUCAGCCAGUUGAACCCAUACACACUGCGUUUUGAGGCGACAUGGGAGACAGCCUAUGACAAACGCUCAGCCUCCAAUGCCUUCAUGGCCUGUGGAGUGCUCUAUGUAGUCCGCUCCACCUAUGAAGACAAUGAAAGCGAAGUCAGCAAGAGCAUGAUCGAUUAUAUCUACAACACUAAGCAGAACCGUGGGGAAUAUGUUGAUAUCCACUUUCCCAACCAGUACCAAUAUAUUGCGUCUGUGGAUUAUAAUCCGCGAGAUAACCAGCUCUAUGUGUGGAAUAAUUUUUACAUCCUGAGAUAUAAUCUGGAGUUCGGGCCACCGGAUCCAGCUCAUGCUCCACCUUUAUCUCAGGCCACCGUGUCCCCCCAGCCUCUGAGAACUACAACCACCACAACAACAACCACAGUACGCCGGGGUGUGGCCAACAACACUACCACCACAACAGGGCCCAAGGAGGGCAGCAAGGGAGCAGCCAGGCCCCCUCCUGUGAUUCUGCAGACUACUUCACCUCCACCCCUGGAGUCAUUCCCCUUGCCCGAGCGCUUCUGUGAUGCCACCGAGCGAAGAGACAUCAUGUGGCCUCAGACCCAGCGGGGCAUGCUGGUGGAGCGACCUUGUCCCAAGGGAACGCGAGGCACAGCAUCUUAUUUAUGUGUCCUUUCCACUGGGGCCUGGCACCCUAAGGGCCCCGAUCUCAGCAACUGUACCUCCCACUGGGUCAACCAGGUAGCCCAGAAGAUCCGCAGUGGUGAAAAUGCAGCAAACUUGGCUAACGAGUUAGCAAAGCACACGAAAGGCCCCAUCUACGCAGGGGAUGUCAGCUCCUCAGUGCGCCUUAUGGAGCAGCUGGUGGACAUCCUGGAUGCUCAGCUGCAGGAGCUCCGGCCGAGUGAGAAGGACUCUGCAGGACGGAGCUUCAACAAGCUUCAAAAACGAGAAAGGACAUGCAGGGCGUACAUGAAGGCCAUUGUGGAUACAGUAGACAACCUACUCCGACCUGAGGCUUUAAAGUCCUGGCAAGACAUGAACAGCACAGAGCAAACCCACGCUGCCACCAUGUUACUAGACACCUUGGAGGAAGGCGCCUUCGUCCUUGCCGACAACCUGAUGGAGCCCGCCAUCGUCAAAGUUCCUGCAAACAAUAUAAUCCUGGACGUCUACGUGCUCAGCACAGAUGGUCAGGUGCAGGAUUUUAAAUUCCCACAACCCAUCAAGGGGGGAAUCUCCAUCCAGCUUUCGGCCAAUACCGUCAAGCUCAACAGUCGCAAUGGAGUUGCUAAGCUGGUGUUUGUUCUUUACAAGAACCUAGGCCAGUUCCUCAGUACAGAAAACUCCACCAUUCAGAUGGCCAACGACGCUUAUGGACGCAACGUGUCCGUCAACUCUGACAUCAUUGCUGCGUCAAUCAACAAAGAAUCCAGCCGAGUCUUCAUUAAUGACCCGGUGGUUUUUACACUGGAGCACAUAGACAUGGAGCACUACUUCAACUCCAAUUGCUCCUUCUGGAAUUAUUCCGAGAGGAGUAUGAUGGGCCACUGGUCUACGCAAGGCUGCAAGCUCCUUGAGUCCAAUAAAACACACACCUCCUGCUCCUGCAGCCACCUCACUAACUUUGCCAUCCUCAUGGCCCACCGCAAAAUCUCGGUCAACAGACCACAUGAGCUGCUGUUGACUGUCAUCACCCGCGUGGGCAUCGUGGUGUCGCUCGUGUGUCUAAGCAUGAGCAUCUUCACCUUCUGCUUCUUCCGAGGCCUACAGAGCGAUCGCAACACCAUCCACAAGAAUCUCUGCAUUAAUCUCUUCCUCGCUGAGUUAAUAUUCCUAAUUGGUAUCGAUAUGACAGAGCCCAGGAUUGGCUGUGCCAUCAUUGCGGGGAUCCUCCACUUUUUCUUCUUGGCAUCCUUCUCCUGGAUGUGUUUGGAGGGAGUCCAGCUAUACCUCAUGCUUGUGGAAGUCUUUGAAAGUGAAUACUCACGGAAAAAGUACUACUAUGUGUCUGGUUACCUCUUUCCUGCCAUUGUGGUCGGGGUGUCUGCAGCGAUCGACUACAGGAGCUAUGGGACAGAAAAAGCGUGUUGGCUCAGUGUGGAUAAUCAUUUCAUCUGGAGCUUCAUAGGACCCGUCACCUUUAUCAUCGUGCUCAAUUUGAUCUUCCUGGUCAUCACCAUGUACAAAAUGGUGAAGCACUCCACCACCCUGAAACCAGACUCGAGCCGACUGGAGAAUAUCAAUAAUUAUCAUGUUUGUGACGGCUACUAUAAUACCGAUUUGCCUGGCUAUGAAGAUAAUAAACAGUUUAUCAAGACCUGGGUCAUAGGGGCCUUUGCUCUGCUCUGUUUGCUGGGCCUGACGUGGUCCUUUGGUCUCUUCUUCAUAAAUGAGGCCUCCAUUGUCAUGGCGUACCUCUUCACCAUAUUUAAUGCUUUCCAGGGGAUGUUUAUCUUCAUUUUCCACUGCCUCCUCCAGAAAAAGGUCCGCAAAGAGUACAGCAAGUGCUUCCGUCACACGUACUGCUGUGGAAGGCUGCCAACUGAGAGCUCGCAUGGCUCGGCGAAGACUUCCACUACACGGACAAGCGCACGCUACUCCUCUGGUACCCAGAGUCGAAUCAGGAGAAUGUGGAAUGACACCGUAAGAAAGCAAUCUGAGUCCUCCUUUAUCUCAGGUGACAUCAACAGCACCUCCACCCUUAACCAAGGAAUGACUGGGAAUUAUCUACUAACAAAUCCUCUUCUUCGACCACAAGGCUCUAACAACCCUUAUAACACCUUACUGGCUGAGACAGUUGUGUGUAACACCCCCACAGCUCCAGUGUUUAACUCUCCAGUGACCUACAGAGAGACAAGGCACUCACUGAACAAUGUGGUGAGAGAUACAAGUGCAAUGGACACUCUACCGCUAAAUGGUAACUUUAACAACAGCUACUCACUCCGCAGUGCGGACUUCGGCGACAGUGUACAGGUGGUCGACUGCGGACUCAGUCUGGACGACGCUGCCUUCGAGAAAAUGGUCAUCUCUGAGCUUGUACACAACAACCUGCGUGCCUGUAACAAAAGCCACCAACAGCAACAACAGCAGACCCCUAAUUUGAUUCACCCGUCCCACCUCCACCACCAUCCGCCGGCACUGCUGCCGUACCACCACCAUCACCGCCACAAGGCGGAGCGGGCUCCCCCCAAGAUGACGGUGGUGGGUGGCAGCAGCAGCGACGACGACGCCAUCGUCGCCGACGCUUCUUCUUUGGUGCAUGUGGGCGAAGCGGUGGGCCUCGAACUGCACCAUCAGCACGAGCUGGAGGCGCCGCUCAUCCCCCAGCGGACGCACUCGCUCCUGUAUGCCCCCGAGAAGAAGGUGAGGAUCGACGGGGGAGUGGAAACCUUUGUGGGCCAGCUGACACCCGACAACAACGACCAAGAUAGUUUGCAGUCUCCAAACAGAGACUCCUUGUACACUAGCAUGCCGAACCUGAGGGACUCUCCGUAUCCCAAGAGUAGUCCAGAAGUUGUGGAGGACUUGUCCCCAUCCAAGCGGAGCGACAAUGAGGACAUUUACUACAAGAGCAUGCCCAAUUUAGGAGCCGGCCACCAGAUGCAGGCCUAUUACCAGAUAGGCAAAGGGAGUAGUGAUGGUUACAUUAUUCCCAUCACUAAAGAAGGCUGCAUACCGGAGGGCGAUGUACGGGAAGGACAGAUGCAGCUAGUCACAAGCCUUUAAAUGUAUUGCGAUGAGCACCCAAACCUCCUCCUGACCAUUUUCAGCCGUGAACAUUUGGUGGACAAACUAGUGAAGGAAGUAGAAAGUGUGUCAUUUGAACUAGCCAUUGACCACUCUUUCUCCCCAAACAGGUCUCUCGUCCGCUCUUUUCAGCCAUUGCUGUGCAACAUUUUAAUAAAAGUGUACAUAAAAUACAGUCAAAUUUUCAUUUUUAGAGAUAAGCCGAUUAUGUAUUUAAAUGUGCUGCUGCUGUCAAAAAAAUGUACGGUACCCUAGUAGACACAAAAAAGAAAUAAUAAAGAACCAUUACUUGAUUCCUCAGAAAAGCAUUUAACAAGGUUGUACAUACACUUCCAAACAUAGUGUUUUUGUUUAGUUUUGUUGUUGUUGUUGUUUUGUUUUUUUGAUUGUGAAUGAAAUGACACUCAUGGACCAGGACAUUGACUCUAGCCUGUACAAACCUUUUAUAUUACUGUAUAUUUAUGGUCCUGGUCAUCCUUCAUCCUCAUGCUGUUUCGAUUGUAUGACCACUAGCAAUCAAGCCCCUGGCCUUAUAUUUUCUCAACUGUACAUUGAACUGUAGUCAAGAAUAAUGGCUAAAAAUAUAUAUUUUGUUGUAUUGCUGGUGUAAAAUACAGAUUCUUGGGAAAACGUAAUUAUGAAGAAACUGUUUAAUUGCGAAAUGUAACAUUUGAGAGACUGUUGUCUCGAGGUUAUACAUAGUGGUUCUGACCAUUGAUUCAAAGUGAGUUUGAAUGUUAGAGGCAAAUGUAAAGAAAGAAAUAUACAUAAAAAAUACACGGAUGGUUUAUCACUUUUCCCACAUGUGAACAGUGUUUAUACUGUCUGGUUUUCAUUGAUAUCACCGACUCAAACGUUGAUUUGAUUUUGCCAGAGUGGAAUUACUUUCUGCAUACGUACAGUACAUAUUUUACCUGGUGUGACAAAGUAAUGGGCAGUUUGAAAAUGAAGUUUUUUGUUGUUGUUAUUAAUCAUUAAUUUAGUUUCACUGCCUUGGUUUAAACACUUUAUUUAUUAAAUCCUUUUAAAGAAAAAAAUAAUGGGAAUUAUUUCCCAGCACUGGUAUAUGUACUGUACUGCACUGUAGCUCCUGAUUUUGUGUAAUCAUAUUACAAUGGGCUCUCCACUCGAAGACUGAUGUAAAGUUCAACACUUGUUUGACAAAUACAAUAAAUGUGAGGUUUUUUUUCAAAUGCUAUGUUGCUUAUUAAUGGUGUUUUUGCUACUACAGUACAUCAGAUAACAUCGACUUAUCUUAUUUUGCUAUGAAUAUAAUUUUGUCUCAGGUUGUAAGUCCUGAGCACCUUGAAAGGUAAAUUGGUGAAGUGAUGUGUAAUUAAUUUUCCCUUCUUUUUUUCUUUCUUUAAUGCCUGCACAGUUUGAAAGAGCUCGUUUCACCACAUUUGUCAGAGAAGCCAAAUCUGUCCAUGUUUUUCUAAGAAACUCAGGUAGGAAAAUUGCAAUGUAAAGGGUUAUGUGUGGUUGUAACACUAAUAAAGGUUCAAUGACUCUGA